GAACUGCUCGCUGCCCACCGCCGCGCUCCCGCGCUUCGUUCCGCCCAGGCCGCGCCCAGCUGGAAUGCAGAGAUCGCCGCCCGGCUACGGCGCACAGGACGACCCGCCAGCCCGCCGCGACUGUGCAUGGGCCCCGGGACCCGGGGCCGCCGCUGAGCCGCGCGGCCUCCCCGCCGCCGCCGCCGCCCCCGCCGCCGCUGCGCCCGCCGCGCCCGCCUCGUCGCCCAGCCCGCCGCGCAGCCCGCCGCGCAGCCCCGACCCGGGGCGCUAUGGCCUCAGCCCGGCCGGCCGCGGGGAGCGCCAGGCGGCCGACGAGUCGCGCAUCCGGCGGCCCAUGAACGCCUUCAUGGUGUGGGCGAAGGACGAGCGCAAGCGGCUGGCGCAGCAGAACCCGGACCUGCACAACGCGGUGCUCAGCAAAAUGCUGGGCAAGGCGUGGAAGGAGCUGAGCGCGGCGGACAAGCGGCCCUUUGUGGAGGAGGCGGAGCGGCUGCGCGUGCAGCACCUGCGCGACCACCCCAACUACAAGUACCGGCCGCGCCGCAAGAAACAGGCGCGCAAGGCCCGGCGGAUGGAGCCCGGCCUCCUGCUCCAGGGCCUGGCGCCUCCGGCCCCGCCAGCCGAGCCCUUCCCCGCGGCGCCGGGCCCGGCCCGCGCCUUCCGCGAGCUGCCCCCGCUGGGCGCCGAGUUCGACGGCCUGGGGCUACCCACGCCCGAGCGCUCGCCGCUGGACGGCUUGGAGCCCGGCGAGGCCGCCUUCUUCCCGCCGCCCGCGGCGCCCGAAGACUGCGCGCUGCGGGCCUUCCGCGCGCCCUACGCGCCGGCCGAGCUGCCCCGGGACCCCGGCGGCUGCUACGGGGCACCCCUGGCCGAGGCGCUCAGGACCGCGCCCGCUGCGCCGCUCUCCGGCCUCUACUACGGCGCCUUGGGCGCGCCCGGCCCGUACCCCGGCCCGCUGUCGCCGCCGCCCGAGGCCCCGCCACUGGAGGGCGCCGAGCCCCUGGGGCCCGCCGCCGACCUGUGGGCUGACGUGGACCUCACCGAGUUCGACCAGUACCUCAACUGCAGCCGGACUCGGCCCGACGCCGCCGGGCUGCCGUACCACGUGGCGCUUGCCAAGCUGGGCCCGCGCGCCAUGUCCUGCCCGGAGGAGAGCAGCCUGAUCGCCGCGCUGUCCGACGCCAGCAGCGCCGUGUACUACAGCGCGUGCAUCUCGGGCUAG